GCCCUGUCUCCCCUCGUGGACGGUUCUCGCUCCCCUCGUCUCUUCAUUCCCCUCAUUCUCCCUCUGUGCUGCGCCCCCCCCCCCCUCACCCCCCCACCUCACCAACCCCCUCACCUCCCCUCAUCACCGCCAAGAUAACACCAGUCAACGCCCGAGGUGGUGGUGGUGGUGGUGUUGGGUGUUGGUGAUGACUUGAAAACGAAGGCCCCCCGCCAUGCCAUGAGGGGCAGCCGCCGCCAUGACAGUGUACCAGAACGGCGGCGGGUCGUCGGUGCCGCCGCCGCCGCUGGUGUGCCGCCCCCACCUGGCCGCCGCCGCCCCCCCGCUGCUGUCCCCCCUCGACCCUGCCUCCAGACUGUCGCCCCUGCACCCGCCAUUCCCCUAUGAGGGCGCGGCGCCCCCCGCCUCCUCUGCCGCGCCCACCAACAUGACGGGGGACGUCCACCGCUGCUGCCCCGCGACAGCGACGACCGGUGGCGGCGGCGGCGGCGGGGUUUUCGAGGACGGGGCUCGGGGCGAGGCGCGGGGCGGGGCGGCGCUGCGGGACACGUGCAUCACGGUGGAGACGCGGCGGGAGCGGGAGGCUGAGCGGCGCCUAGCGGAGGCGUGGAAGCGGAAGAGGCGGCGCGGCGAGGCGGGCGGCGGCGCGGCGGCGUACCUCAAGUCGGCGCCGGUGGGCCGCGUGCGGCACCCGCUGGAGGAGGGCGUGCUGGCAGGGGCCGCGGCGGGCGUGGCGGGCGUGCUGGCCAUCUGCCUGCUGAGCGUGCCGCUGGCCCUGCUGCUGCUGCUGAUGCUGCCCCUCGCCAUGCUCGCCAAGGGCCUCGCCGCCGCCUGCCGCCUGCCCCGCGGCCCCGCCUGCGCCGCCGCCUGCCGCGGGGACUACCUUUCCCCGCACGACGCACAGUUCCUGCUGCAGGAGGCGGACCCCCGCGCCGUCAUGCACAGUGUCCUCGUCAUCGACGCCGCCAUGACCCUCAAGCGCGUCAAGCAGCUGCUGGCGGCGCGCGUGGUGGAGGCGCGCACGGGCGCGGGUAUGCUGCAGUACCCGCGCUUCACGCAGACGGUGCGGCGGCUGGCGGCGGGCCCGGCGUGGGUGGCCGACGCUGCCUUCAGCCUGCACAACCACGUGUUCGCGGGCCCCGCCGUGGCCAGCGAGGAGGCGCUGCACCGCUACGUGGGCGCGCUGCUGUCCCAGCCGCUGCCCGCCGCGCGGCCCCUCUGGGAGGUGAUCGUGCUGCACGACUACGGCCGCAGCCGCGACACGGUGCUAGUGUGCCGCCUGCACCAGUGCCUGAGUGACGGCAUGUCGCUGGUGCGGGUGCUGUGCCAGUCCCUCUCCGACAACCAGAUCAUGCACCUCCCGCAGAAGCCGCACUUCGGCGGCACCACCUACGGCAUGAACCUGGCGCGCGGCCUGCUGGUGGGCCCCCUCACGGCGCUCACCUGGCUGCUGGCGUGGCGGCCGCAGCUCAACCCGCUCACCCUCACCAAAGGCUGCACGCGCCCUCCCCCGCCCCCGCGUCGCGCCGCCCCCGCCUGCUGCUGCUGCUGCGGCGGCGGCGAGGAGGUCUCCGCGCGGGAGGCCUGCGAGGGGGGCGGUGCCUACACGGUGUGGAGCGAGGGGGAGGGGGCUGGGGAGGGGCAGGUGGUGGUGUGGGGGGCGGGGGUGACGGUGGGGGGCGUGGUGCGCGUGAAGCAGGUCACCCGCACCUGCCUCAACGACGUGCUGCUGGCGGCGCUGGCGGGGGCGCUGCGCCUCAGCCUGCAGCGGCGCGGCGUGCGGCACCCCCGGGACCUGCGGGCCAGCAUUGCCGUGGACCUGAGGAGCAGCCCCCCGCCCUUCUCCGUCCCUCGGCUGGGCACGAAGGCCGCACUGGUUCCCCUUGCCCUCCCUCUCUCCUGGGACGCGGCUAUUCCGAGGCUCUGGGAGGUCAGGUCACGCGUCGACGAUAUGAAGGCCUCAGCUAGUGCAGUGGUCGCCUAUGGCUUGGUGUGGUGGGCCUAUCGUCUCCUCCCCGCCUCUCUCACACACGCUCUCCUCCGCCGCCUCCAUCGAAGGACCUCCGUGCAGUACUCUUCCCUGCCCGGCCCAACCUCCCCGCUGCUCCUUGGCGGAUGGUUAGAACAGGUCCUGAAUGUGCUGAAAGGCUUAUCAACACCCCCUUCCCCAGCUGCUGACCAGGUGCAUGUGUCCGUGGCCGCGCGCACCUCCAUGCCCGCCGCGCCCGCCAUGGCCAGACUCAUCCUGCAGGAGUUUCAGAGCCAGUGUGUCCAGAUGUGUGAGCUCCUGGCUAACAGACGAAUACCAGGGGAGCAACGCCGGGGCCUGGUUUUCACCCCGGGGGAGCUGGGGCGCGGCCACUCCCUAUCCGAGCUACAAGAGAAGCUGAGGCGUGUUCAGACGGAGCUCCAGCUUGUGACGCAGCAAUGGGAGGCGCACAGAAGAUCAGCACUGGCCCGCCCACCGCGCCCACAGGAUACGGAGGAGGAUGACCAGGAGGACGUGACGGCGGUAUCCUCAGGCUCUGCACUACUUGGAAGAGCCCGAGGAGGAGGAGGAGGAGGAGGAGGAGAAGGAAGAGGAGGAGGGGGAGGCGGAGGGCGUGGGGGUCGCUGCAGACUACCCCAGCAGGAGGAAGACUUGUGCAGCCGCGUCCAGCACCUGAAGAGCGAGUUCACGGACCUACUGACGGAGAUACGGCGAAGGAAGAGUGUGUCGGAGGGGAGGGUGGUGGGCGUGGGCAGCCAGACGGAGUUCGAGGAGGAAGACGGGGAGGUGAGGAGGCCGAGGAAGCGAGCUCUCUCUGCAGCCUCCACUUGGUCCGCCUCAUCAGGGAGCAGCGAGGUGUCAUCCUGCCUAACGCGCCCUCUCACCACGCCCACCCAGCCCAACCCGACGCCCCUCACCCCCUCGAACCACCCCACCCGCACCUGUCUGGUCACGGACAUCACCUGAGCUUGUUUACGGAACCCCAAAGUGCACGCAAUUCACCUGAGAAGUCUAAUUAGUGAGUACCUGAAUGAUUAGUUUGAACCUCUCUCUCUCUUCGGGGCCUCAAGUUCACCUGGAUGGUUGCCUAAUGAGUGAUUACCUGGGGAUGUGAUUGCCUUUAAUUACCUGAGCUUUACCUGUGGAUGGCUCACCUGCAGGUUUUGAUAUGAUGUUCCUUGUGGGGUUAAUUAUUUUUCUCAUCUGGUUUGUUUGGGUUAUAUAGUAUGUGUUACCUGUUUGGGUUUACCUGAGGAUUCUUAAUUAAUGCCAUCUCACCUGAGUUAGUAGUGCCAGGUGAGAGCGUGAUUAUAGCUUUGUUCGUGUACCUGAGCGGGUUAGUGAAAGUUUGGGGUGGAAAAGUGUACAGGUGAAAAAUUAGUGAAGCGAGGACGAAAAUUUGAAGAAAGGGAAGAGAGGAAUGAAAGGAAAAAGAAAGAAAGGAGGAUUUAAAGAGAGUGGAAAGACUAAUGAAAAGACGUGGAUGGAUGGAAAAAUAAAGUUAGAUGAAGAGAAGAAGAAAAAGAAAGAAAGGAGGAUUUAAUGAGGGUGGAAAGACUAAUGAAAAGACGUGGAUGGAAGGAAAAAUAAAGUUAGAUGAAGUGAAGAAAUUUAAUGAAAAGUUCGUGAGAGGAAAAAACAUAGAAAAGGCAUAAACUGGUGAGUGUGUAACGGAUGGGAAAAAGUGGAAAAAGUGAAAAAAGCGAAAAAUGACGUAAAAAAACAUUGAAAAAUUAGCGACUUUGUAGGAAAUAAGAAAACGGGUCACGUGGUUGUUGUAACUGUUGUUGUUGUUGUUGUUGUUUUCCGUUCGUUUUUCUUCUGUGUUUUCUUUACUUCCUCCUUUUCACUGUUAGGUAAGAGUGAUGAUGACGGUGAUUAUAAUGACAGACGAUAAUGUCGAUAAUAAUGAAAAAAAUGACACAGUACAAGUGAUACAUAGAAAACAAAGACCAAAAUAUCAUGAAAACUGAGCAUAAUAAUAAUAACAAUAAUAAUAAUAAUAAUAAUAAUAAUAAUAAUAAUAAUAAUAAUAAUAAUAAUAAUAGUUAACUAGUCUUCAUUGCAUAAUACGUACAUAAUAUACUACUAUUACUACUACUACUACUACUACUACUACUACUACUACUACUACUACUACUACUACUACUACUAUUUUCUUCUCUUUCUUAUCUUUCUAGCAAUAUAUAUCUUUCCCUUUCUACUACUACUACUACUACUACUACUACUACAAUUUUCUUCUCUUUCUUCUCUUUCUAGCAAUAUAUAUAAUCUUUCCCUCUCUACUACUACUACUACUACUACUACUACUACUACUAUUACUACGCAGCUGUUGAUAGUUACGCGAACAUCACCUUUUUGCAACCUUGAUAUAAGUGCCUUGUGUUGCGUUGUGUUACCGAUGAUGACUAUGAUGUUUCGACGAUAUUUUCCUCAUAAUAUUCCAAUACAUACUUGCCUUGUUUACUCUCUCUCUCUCUCUCUCUCUCUCUCUCUCUCUCUCUCUCUCUCUCUCUCUCUCUCUCUCUCUCUCUCUCUCUCUCUCUCUCUCUCUCUCUCUCUCUCUCUCUCUCUCUCUCUCUCUCUCUCUCUCUCUCUCUCUCUUUAUUUAUCUAUAUUUUCUGUCUUAUAUAUUUUCUUAUUCUUGUUCUUUUUACACUAUCGAAAUCUACCUUUCUAUCUGUUUAUCUAUCUAUCAAUCUGUCUGUCUAUCUAUCUAUCUAUCUAUACCUAUUUUAUGUUCUCCCCAUCAAUAUUCCUCCUAUUCUACCUGUAUAUUCUCCUUCCCUUCCUUCCCUCCUCUUUCUUCUUCUAAUUUAUUAUCUUCCUUUGUUUUCCUCUAUUCCGAGGUUUAAUUUUGUGUUCGUGAGCCUUUCAUUUACUUUUUUUUUCACUGCAUUUCAUUUUUUUCUCUAUUUUUUAAGGCAUUUCUAAUUCCUUUUCUUGUUUCUUUCCAUUGCUCAAAGAUUUCAGGUACGAUACUUGUUUGGCCUUUGUCUGAAUCUGUACAUAUAUAUUUUCUUGUCUGUUGGUCCGUGUAUAUAUUAUUUUUUUGUGUGUGCGCCAAAAUCUGUAAAUAUAUUUCAGCGCGUAUUUUUUUCGCUCGCAGAAGUAGACCAGGCGAAUUAAACCUUUGAAUUUUUAGCACCAGAACGAAUCAAAGAGUAGAGUUAAAGAGACCACAACUAUUAACACACUUUUGUAGAACCAGAAACGAGUGGGCGACAGUCUCAAGAGCAACAAACAAAACAAACACACACAAACACACGUACGAUACCAGUAAACAAGACCACAAUUUUUUUUAAUACUGACACACUUUUGUAGACCAGCAACGAGUGGGCGACAGUCUCGAGCAACAAACAAAACAAACACACACAAACACGUAUGAUACCAGUAAACAAGACUGCAAAUAUUGACACUUUUGUAGACCAGCAACGAAUGGGCAUAAUACACACACACACACACACACACACACACACACACACACACACGUACGAUACCAGUAAAUGCUAGACCACACAUAUUAACACACUUUUCUGGACCAACAACGAAUGGAGGGCGAAAGUCUGACCAACAAACAAACACACACACACACAAACACAAACGUACUGAAAUAGCUCACACACCAUAUACCGUUUUCUUCGAAGCGUAGCGUAAACAAAAGUAUUUUCUCGAGUAGCUUUGCAUUUCGUAGACUAUAUAGAACGAACCAAAAAAAUAAUAAGCAUUUGCACAAUAAUCCUUUUUCUCUAGUGUAAUAAUAAGACUUUUUUUCGAAUUUUCAAAGUGUAAAGAAGAUUCUACAACCUCAAUUAUUUUUAUCCGAGAAUUUUCAAGGUGUUCAAAAGACAUUAUAACCUCAACUAAUUAUUAUUGGGAUACAAUAUCAUAAAAAAUCUCAAUAUUAUCCCUUUUCUUAGUGUAAUAUGUCUUUUUUUCGAUUUUUUAAUGUAUUCGAAAGAUUCUACAACCUCAACUAUUUUUUUCUAGAAUUUUCAAGUUGUUCAAAAGACAUUAUAACCUCAACUAAUUAUUUUUGGAACCUAAUGUAAUAAAAAAUCAAUAUUAUCGCUUUUCUUGGUGUACUAUAGGGCAUCUUUUUCGAUUUUUCAAGGAGUUCAAAAAAUACUACAACCUCAAUUCCUUUUUCGAUAAGUCAAGGUGUUCGAAAGUUACUACAAACUCGACUAAUUAUUUUUGGGGACCUAAAGUAAAGUUAAAUCCCAAUAUCAUCGCUUUUCUUUUUGUAUUAUAAGGCAUUUUUUCGAUUUUUCAAUGUGUUCAAAAGAUACUCCUCCAUUCCCUUUUCCGAAAUCUCAAGGCGUUCAAAACAUAUAACCUCGACUAAUUAUUUUUGGGACCUAAAGUAAAGUUAAAUCUCAACGUUAUCGCUUUCCUUAGUGUAGAGUACAACAGAGGUCGAUAUUGUAAGACACUUUGGCGUCUCACAUCAGCUAAUUCUAAAGGCCAAACAGGGGGUCAGUCGGGUUCUAAUGAGUGUUUCUUUAGGUUCACGGUACAGAGGAAGGGUCUAAGUACCACCAGGGCCAUAAAACUACUCCUGGAAAUGCCCACAACUCCUAUGAAAGCCUAGGAAAAUGUGUGUUUUCUUAGGUUCACGGUACAGAGGAAGGGUCAAACUGCCACCAGGGUCAUACAACUACUCCUGGAAAUGCCCACAACUCCUAUGAAAGCCUAGGAAAAUGUGUGUUUUCUUAGGUUCACGGUACAGAAGAAGGGUCAAACUGCCACCAGGGUCAUACAACUACUCCUGGAAAUGCCCACAACUCCUAUGAAAGCCUUGGCAAAUGUGUGUUUUCUUAGGUUCACGGUACAGAGGAAGGGUCAAACUGCCACCAGGGUCAUACAACUACCCCUGGAAAUGCCCACAACUCCUACGAAAGCCUUGUCAAAUAUAUGCUUCUUUAGGUUCAUGGUACAGAGGAAGGGUCACACUACCACCAGGGUCAUACAACUACCCCUGUAAAUGCCCACAACUCCUACGAAAGCCUUGUCAAAUAUGUGUUCUUGGGCGGCGAAAUGUCUUAUAAUACGCCCGAAUAAUGUCUCGAUCUUCCUUUUUUUUAAUACUUUUGUUAUUCUUCUGGUUGUUGUUCCGGGGUUGAGUCGUAGAGUGAGACGAAGAGUCAAUACGAAUAGUAAGUUAGUCCUUUGCAUGUCCAGCGUUGCAUAUUUUUAUAGUCCAAAGAUAACUACUAUUAUUACUACUUAGAGGGAGGCAGAUUGUAGAGACGGCUGCCACAGUACACGAGUCACAGAAGGGAACAGAGAAGGAAAAAUAGAAUAGAAGUAAACUGAUUUUUUAUGCAUAUUUAUCGAAUGCAUGAAUGACGAGAAGAAGAAUGCAUAGAGAGAGAGAGAUUCACACAUAAAUAAAUAAAUGAAUGAAUGAAUAAGUAAAUAACGAAGGAGA